ACACUGUACGGAGUUGAAGGGAUCACCAAAAUAAAUAAUGGAAUCCUCGGCAAUACUUCAGUUGCAUUACCUACUUUUCAGAAUUAGAAGACUAGCUGGCUCAAACAUUGUGGGCAAGUUUACUCAGAGCGUCAGGCGAAUAGUACAAGACGUCAAGGACGAAGGCACCGCUAGCGGUCAGACCAAAGAAGAAGUCAUCGAAACAAAUGAAAGAUUGAGAGCAGUACGAAUUCGUUUGGAAGAAUCCUAUGAUACGGCUAAAAAGUCACUCAUUACAUUAAUGACUAAGUACACAGAGAGUAAAUCAACGCGAAAUGUCUUCCAAAGGUAUAAUCUUCUGAAGGCCAUGAUUAAGGAAGUUAUCCGGUUGGAAACACAAUAUUGGACACUGGUCGAGAUACCCAAACAAGAGAAACAAGAGACGGUACCGUCAUUCGUGCUUAGGGCAUGCGGAAUUGUGGAAAAAUCGCAAAAGUCAGGUGAAGGUGUCAAGUCUACGGCUAAAAUAGCUGAAGAGGAUGAGAAGAAACGAGAACGUAUUGAUAGACUUUGUGACAUGACAACAGCUCAAAUUGAAGCAGAGAAUACACAAAUGACUAACGACCUCUACCGAUUGUUAAAGAAAUACACUGGCCUAAGAAAUCUUAUAAGAGAACUGAAGGUAGAAUAUGUCAACUCAAAAGUGUACCCGAUAUUUCCACGUUACAAUAUACUGAAAGACUUAAUAAAGGACAUCAUGCAUCAUCAGGAAUACAUGGAAGUCUGCCACGAAGUUGAUGCUGUAUAAUGAGGGACAAAGAAGGACGACACGCACAUUUUUUUUUUUAUACGCACACAUACCUAUAAAUUAAAUAUGAAAAUGAACAUAUACACGGCAUUUAUUUAAAUUUAUGACCGAUAUACAAAAUAAAAUCGACGCGUUGUGUGCUAGCUUAUUAUAUAUUUUUGUGUGUAAAUGUAUGUGUAUGAGUAUAAGUGCGAGUGAAUGUGUGUGUGUGCAUAUGUGUGAGUGUGUGUGUGGGUGUGAGUGUGCGUGUGUGUGUGCGUGUGUGCGUGUGCAUGUGUUUUUUAUCUGAAUCGUGCCAAGCUACAUUUUUCCUGCGUACUUUUCGUCAUUUAAAUAAUGCGUUUCCAGAAAAUUUGAAGAUACCUAUGGGUAUCAUCACACUUGCUUUUAUCGCAUUUACCGUUAUCGACGGAUGAAAUUCGACGUCUCAUUUUCGUUUUUUCUUUUUCUUUUCCCGAGGAGAAAACCUAAUUUUAUGACGUUUUUCAAUAUUUCCCUUUUUGUCUCUAUUAUGCUCCAUUCAAUUCGUCAACAGACAUCCGAAUAAUAUUGACAUUUUUAAUACUACUGUACAAGUCUAUUUAAAAUAAUAUACUUAUAAUGACGACUAAUUAUUUA